AUGGCGUCAAGAAGUCCUUACAGUGUCUACGUUGGCAACCUACCUAAGUAUGCAUUGGAACGUGAUAUUGAUACAAUAUUUCAUGGCUGCAGUAUUGUAGACGGAAGUAUUCUGAAGGUAAAUCCAGCUGCCGAUAAAAGGGGAGGAAGAGGUGGCCGAGGUAAUAGCGAUAUGAAAGGACGAGGUACUGUCGGGAAUGGCUGGCAAUCUUUUGGUGGUAACCGUGGUUUCGAUGCCUCAAACUUUGAGGUUGGCGGUCGAGGUUCUUACUCUGGAAAUAUACAGCGCGGAUUUUCUGGAGGACGUGGGAGGAGUGGUAAUUUUGCAGGUAUGUGUGGAAAUCGCUUUGAUGGAAAUACACGGGGUGGCACCUCUGAAAACGUUGUACAAUGUGAUCCUGAAGCCAGAGCCGUAUUUAAACUUAAGAAAGUUGAGCGUAAUCCCACAUCGCUUUCUGAUGAGAGAGAACUAUCUGAACGCAGCAAAGCGAUUUUUGGUUGUGGUCGCCCGAGAGAAGCAAGUCCCAUUCGCGAACAAAGGACUCGCUCCAGGUUCUAG